CUGGUCCUCAUUGGUGGAAGAUUGCAGCCCCACCCACCCGUUCUCCACGCCAGGUCUCAAAUCCUUGGAGUGUAAUUGAAGGAGUGGCGAGGGGUGGGCGUGUCAUCGGAGGUGACGUUUCCGGAAGCCCCGACUGUCAUCCUUCACGAAAGGACUUAUUGGUCCAAUGUCUGACCAUGGGGAUGUGAGCCUCCCACCCCAAGACCGGGUGAGGAUUCUGUCCCAACUUGGGAGUGCAGUUGAGUUAAAUGAAGACAUUCCACCCCGCCGUUACUUUCGUUCUGGGGUUGAGAUCAUCCGCAUGGCGUCCGUUUACUCCGAAGAAGGCAAUAUUGAACACGCCUUUAUCCUCUACAACAAGUACAUCACGCUGUUCAUUGAGAAACUUCCAAAACACCGAGACUACAAAUCAGCUGUCAUUCCUGAGAAGAAGGAUGCGGUCAAGAAAUUAAAGAAUGUUGCUUUCCCUAAGGCAGAAGAACUUAAGGCCGAACUCUUGAGAAGAUAUACCAAAGAAUAUGAGCAGUAUAAAGAUCAAAAGAAAAAGGAAGAGGAGGAACUUGCCCGGAACAUCGCCAUUCAGCAAGAGUUGGAAAAAGAAAGACAGAGAGUUGCCCAGCAGAAGCAGAAGCAGCUAGAGCAGGAGCAGUUCCGUGCCUUUGAGGAGAUGAUCCAGAAGCAGGAGCUGGAAAAAGAGCGGCUAAAAAUUGUCCAGGCGUUCAGGAAGGUGGACCCUGGCCCGUGUGGGCCUCCACUACCCGAUCUGGAAAAGCCUUGUGUAGAUGAGGUCCCCACCUCACCCACGCAGACUUCAGACUGUAACAGAACCUCGAGGCCAGCUAAGCCGCCUGUGGUGGAUAGGUCCUUGAAACCUGGAGCACUAAGCGUCAUAGAAAGCGUUCCCACGAUCGAAGGCCUACGCCACAUCGUAGUGCCCCGAAAUUUGUGCUCGGAAUUCCUCCAGCUUGCCAGUGCCAAUACUGCCAAGGGCAUUGAAACGUGUGGAGUCCUCUGUGGAAAAUUGAUGAGAAAUGAAUUCACAAUCACACAUGUUCUCAUCCCCAGACAAAAUGGUGGGCCUGAUUAUUGUCACACAGAGAAUGAAGAAGAAAUUUUCUUUAUGCAGGAUGAUCUUGGACUUCUCACUCUUGGCUGGAUCCAUACUCACCCGACCCAAACGGCCUUUCUGUCCAGUGUGGACCUGCACACCCACUGCUCCUAUCAAAUGAUGUUACCAGAAUCCAUAGCAAUCGUCUGCUCCCCCAAGUUCCAGGAAACUGGAUUCUUUAAGUUAACGGACUAUGGCCUUCAAGAGAUCUCAACCUGCAGGCAGAAAGGCUUUCACCCUCAUGGCAGAGACCCGCCUCUGUUCUGCGACUGCAGUCAUGUCACGGUCAAGGACAGGAUUGUGACCAUCACAGACCUUCGAUAAAUCCCCGUCACCAUCCAGGGAGGUGGCUCAUUGGGUAAAGGCACUGACCCCCAAGCCCGACGGCCCAAGUUCAGUUCCUGGGACCCACAUGAUGGAAGGAGAGUACCAGCUUCCCCCAAGUUGUCCUCUGACCUCCACAUGUGCACUGUGGUGUGUGUGCACCCACACACACACACACAUUAAACAAGUAAAGAGAUGUGAUUAUCAAAAGGACUCCUACCCUCCUCCUGAGCUAAACACCCUGACCAGUUUAUUAUCCCCACCCCCACUGAAUUAAGCUUUUCAGACAGAAUAGGAAAGGGUCAACACUAAUGGGAGACGGUUGGUCUUUAAUUUAUUAUUUGAAAAUAAGUCAUUUUAUUUUUUUUAAGGCAAAUCUGAAAGUGAGCAAAUCACACCAAGCAACUAACUCAAAAAUUAGGAUGCCAGAGAAAGCACAUCUCUACCCACUGAACGCCAAACACUGGCCUUUUGCCCCUCUAGUGAUUUGUCUACCAACUUGUUCAUCUCUAUCUUUGGACUGAAUAAGGGCAUCCAUGUAAAACUGUGAACGCCAUUUUGAAGGAUUUGGCUGUCUCUUGUUUGUGGCAUUACUGAGGUUGCCUAUCGCUCUGGUGGGAAGUACAUGAGGAGCUCACAGCCCCCAUAAGUUGAUUUUGUGUGUGUGUGUGUGUGUUUUUUUUUUAAAGAAAAAAGUGUGUUAUUUAAAAGGUUAGGGUGUUCUUGUGUAAUAAAACAACUCACUGUGUUGUGGUCUAGAGU